CUUCAAACAGUUUGCGUACAACAAUGUCUCAGUUCCUGUCCUCCACAGCCCAAGGUUCCUCUCCCACCACCGCCGCCGCUGCCACCGCAGAUGGGUCUCAUCCAUUGCCGAAUCUGCAGCCGUGGCUAAUUAUCGGCCUUGGCAACACUGGCUUCGAGAUGGUAGACUCUAUAGCUGAAGCUGAAGGGAUACCAAUCAGCUCUGUUAGCUUUAAAUCUCUCUUUGGAAAAGGUUUUAUUGGAAAUGUUCCAGUUAUGCUUGCCAAGCCACAAACUUACAUAAAUUUAUGUGGUGAGUCUGUUGGUGCCAUUGGUUCUUAUUACGAGAUUCCUUUGAAGCAAGUACUAGUGAUUUUUGAUGACCCAGAUUUGCCUUUUGCCAAAUUGUGAUUACUACUACCAAAAGGUGGACAUGGUGGACAUAACGGGAUGAAAAAUAUCAUUGAUUACUUUAAAGGGAGCCGUGAUUUUCCUCGUUUAAGAAUCGGCAUUGGAGGGCCUUCCGGGAAAAUGGAUGCUGCUAACUUUGUUCUUCACCCUUUCACGAAGCAAGAAGCCAAGAACAUCAAGAGGUAUGCAAUAGUUUAGCCUGCAGGCAAUGAACUUUUAUAGGGUAA